UAUUCCACUAUCAGUUGCCUUAAGAGACCUCAGUGCUGUGGCUUAACUCUUGUUUUAUAAAAAAAAUGGUUUUUAAGCAGAUUUCAGUACAGCAACAUGAUCGUAUCGUGUGGUCUGUUGGAGGUUUCUCCAAGUUUUACACUUUGCUGGUGAAUAUAGUUAGGAAAAUCGCGUAGUUAUGUCUGACCCAACUAUUCAGACAUUUUGUUGUCAUCAUGGCAACGCAACAAAUGUUGCGCUGACUGUUAUGAGGACAUUCGAUACAGAUACAUAUAAUAUUGUGUGUUUGUGUUCAUCGGCUUUAGGAGUUUUAGGAGCUGUAUAUCAAAUUUUACCCAGGAAACAGUUCACCAACAGUCACAGAUGGUUCUCAUUCCCAGCAGAAAGGGGUAGGAAAAUUAUAAUAUGGCUGGCUGUAGCGGAUCUUCUAGCUGCUUUAGGUGUUUUUAUACGUUCAAUGAUUUGGAUCACCAACAAAAACAUCAUGCCGGCCAUCAAUGACGACUCCAGCGUAUUCUUCUGUUCAAUAUCGUCAGCUCUCAUCCAGUAUUUCUACACAUCCACCUGUAUAUGGACCCUGUGCUAUGCGAUCGAUAUGCGCCUAAUACUGGCACAGAAGGAAUGUAAACUUAGAUACUAUCAUAUGGCUGCCUGGAUUAUACCAGCGUUGCUCACAUCGUCAGGAUUAUGUCUGCUCUACUAUCCAGACGCUGAUUGCCAUGCUAUACUAAGCUUCGAGACCAUCUUGUUUCGUUUUGUGCCAAACUACAUAGCUACGUACCUUCCAAUAUUCGUGGUAAUGAUAGCCAACCCUAUUUUAUACCAUAAUUCCAUGGGAGAUAUGAAAAGAAUCAUUACCAGUGCUUCUGGACAGCUUACUAGCAGGGAAAGAUCAAUUUUGGAUGCAAUAAGUCUCAAAUUUUCUGUGAUUAUGGGAGUUUUCUACCUUUGCUGGAUACCAAAUUUAGUCAAUGGGUUGUUGGUAUGGGUUUUAUGGUUUGAAUUGCCCAGCGAUGUUCUGAUAGUUGUAUGGAACAUCAUGGCUUUUACAAACCCUCUACAAGCCUUUUUCAACUCCCUGGUGUACAGGAGGUGGUACUCUGGAUCAGAGAGGGUUAUCCUGCCCUGGAGGUACUACGAUGAGGCGGAGUACACUCCGAGAAAUUCGCAGCUAACUAGGUCGUCCAAGGAUUCGGGCAGGGAUGAGGGUUAUCCAUUGCUUCCGGGUGGGCCAUUGAAGAGCAUCAACGGAUACCAAAGUCUUCCAUAGUCUAUUUUUUUUGUCUAGGUCUAUUUAUUUAAUUUAUUUUUUAUUAUAGUCCAAUUUUUCUUUGUGUACAUAAAUUUUAUAAUUUAAUAAAUAUGUUUU